AUGCGUCGAGCCAUCUCUCGAAGCAUUACUGCCGGUGCUGGCCGAACAUCUGGAGUGUCCCUCGCCCGCUCUUCACUAUUGUCCUCAGCAAAGACCAUGACGUCCUCCAGCUCCCCCGUCUCCGCCGUUGCGGCGAGGAGGAUACACGCCACGGCGCGGCACCUCAACGCCGCUCUGGCCUCGACGGCCGAGUCGUACCCCAACACGCACGAAAAGAUCGCGAAGCCCGAGGAUACCCCCUACUUCAUCGACAACAAGUUCGUCACCUCAAGCGCCACCGACUUCAUCGACCUGCACGACCCGGCCACCAACAACCUCGUCACCCGCGUGCCGCAGAUGACCACCGAGGAGCUGCAGGCCGCCGUCGACUCGGCCGAGAAGGCCUUUCCCAAGUGGCGUGCCAUGAGCGUGCUGGCCCGCCAGCAGAUCAUGUUCAAGUUCGUCGCCCUCAUCCGCGAGAACUGGGACCGCCUGGCCGCGAGCAUCACUCUCGAGCAGGGCAAGACGUUUGCCGACGCCAAGGGUGACGUCCUCCGUGGUCUGCAGGUCGCAGAGGCCGCCUGCGGUGCGCCCGAGCUGCUGAAGGGCGAGGUGUUGGAAGUUGCCAAGGACAUGGAGACGAGGAGCUACCGCGAGCCAUUGGGCGUUGUGGCUGCCAUCUGCCCCUUCAACUUCCCCGCCAUGAUUCCCCUCUGGUGCAUCCCCAUCGCGACCGUUACCGGCAACACCCUCGUCCUGAAGCCCUCCGAAAGGGACCCCGGUGCGGCCAUGAUCCUCGCCGAGCUCGCCCAGAAGGCCGGUUUCCCCGAGGGCGUGGUCAACAUUGUGCACGGCGCCCACAAGACGGUCGACUUCAUCCUCGAGGACCCCGUCAUCAAGGCCGUGAGCUUCGUCGGCGGCAACAAGGCCGGCGAGUACAUCUUCAACAAGGGCUCCGCACACGGCAAGCGCGUGCAGGCCAACCUGGGCGCCAAGAACCACGCUGCCGUCCUCCCGGACUGCAACAAGAACCACUUCCUCAACAGCGUCGUCGGUGCCGCGUUUGGCGCCGCCGGGCAGCGCUGCAUGGCCCUCAGCACCCUCGUCCUCGUCGGCGAGACCAAGGAGUGGCUCCCUGAGCUGGCCGAGCUGGCCAAGAAGCUCAAGGUCGACGGCGGUUUCGAGGAGGGCGCCGACCUCGGCCCCGUCAUCUCCCCCCAGAGCAAGCAGCGCAUCGAGAGCCUGAUCCAGAGCGCCGAGGACGAGGGCGCCACCAUCCUCCUCGACGGCCGCGGUUACAAGCCCGCCAAGUACCCCAACGGCAACUGGGUCGCCCCCACCAUCAUCACCAACGUGACGCCCCACAUGAAGUGCUACACGGAGGAGAUCUUCGGGCCGGUCUUGGUCUGCCUCAACGUCGAGACGCUGGACGACGCCAUCGAGCUCAUCAACAAGAACGAGUACGGCAACGGCACGGCCAUCUUCACCCGCUCCGGCGCCACCGCCGAGGCUUUCCGUCGCAACAUCGAGGCCGGCCAGAUCGGCAUCAACGUGCCCAUCCCCGUGCCCCUGCCCAUGUUCUCCUUCACCGGUAACAAGAAGAGCAUCGCCGGCGGCGGCGCGAACACCUUCUACGGAAGGCCCGGCAUCAACUUCUACACGCAGCAGAAGACGGUCACCGCGCUCUGGCAGAGCGCCGACGCCAUUUCUCAAAAGGCUGACGUCGCCAUGCCGACUCACUCAUGA